AUGCUUCGCCCUUUCUCUCUCUCUCUGCUCCUCUUCCUCUCUCGUUCCUUCUUUUCCUUGUGUGCCUUCUCUUUCUCCCAAUUUUCCUUUCCAUGUCCCUCCUUUUCCUUCUCUCCCUCUUCAUGCUUUUCUUUCUCCCACUUCUCUUUCUCAUCCUUCUCAUACUUCUCAUGCUUCUCUUUUUCAUAUUUCUCCUUCUCAUCAUUCUCAUUACUUCUCAUCGGGAUAGAGAACUUCUCGCGCUCCUCCUUGGGGAAGCGGUCAUGGAACUCCUUGAUCUGCUUGGGGCUGAGAGGCCAGAAGGCGGUGACCUUUUUCUCGAGGUCGAAUUCCCGGAGGACGCCAUCUUCGCCGAGAUGGACUUUGCCCUUGUGGUCCGAGGGGAGCUGGCAGACUUCGUACUCGGGUUCUUUGCCUCCGAGGUCCUAUAGUAGAGUUAGAUAG